AUGGAAUUAAUUGAUAAUGAGAUUAGGCAGUGGGAUGCAGCUGAUGUGAAGGAACAGUUUGGAGACAAUCUUACUUUGUUGCCGCUAAACGACAACAUCAAGGAACUACAAACUAUUUUACGAGACAAAAACACAUCUCGAAGUGACUUCAAGUUCUAUGCAGACCGCCUGAUCCGUCUUGUGAUUGAGGAGAGUUUAAACAAACUACCAUUCACUGACUGUGAGGUGGUGACUCCGACUGGAGCAUUGUAUAAAGGACUUAAAUAUGGUGCUGGUAACUGUGGAGUGUCCAUUGUCAGGUCCGGAGAGGCUAUGGAGCAGGGUCUCCGAGACUGUUGUCGGUCAAUCCGUAUUGGUAAAAUCCUGGUCGAGAGUGAUACGGACACACACGAGGCUCACGUGGUCUACGCCAAGUUCCCUGAGGACAUAGCGCGGAGGCAGGUCCUGCUAAUGUAUCCUAUCAUGUCCACCGGCAACACUGUAAAACAGGCAGUGAACGUAUUAACCCAGCACGGUGUGAAAGAAGAAAGGAUAAUCCUCUCGAAUUUGUUCUGCACCCCGGCAGCCGCCCAGGCAGUAGUCGACUAUGUACCAAAAAUGAAGAUGCUAACUUCUGAGCUACAUCCUGUAGCUCCCAACCAUUUCGGACAAAAGUACUUCGGGACAGACUGA